AUGGAAGAGUGCAAGGCCCUCACUGUGGAAGCUGAGGCCAAACCUAAAGAGGAGCUUGCUACUGAGGAACUGAAAGAGAUCCGGGCUCAUGAGGAGCCCAGGAAUGUCACCUUGCACGCCCCAUUACAGAGAGAGGAAUCUGAAGAAUAUCCAUCAUCAGACGUGCAAGAAGAACCUAAGGAGGAGCAAAUUGCUUGGUUCUUGGCAAUCCUCGGGAAGCUGAAAGCCAAUCCCUCUUAUGUAGAGGCGUUGGAGAAGAAACCUCCUCCCAUGGCAUGUUUGAAAAGCAUGAUCUCUAAAGAGAAAGCUUUGAGGGGAAAUAAGACUGUGGUACUGACCAAGGAGUGCAGUGCCUUAGUUCAAAAAAAGCUCCCUCAAAAGCUACCUGACCCCGUAAGCUUCCUGAUUCCCUAUACUAUAGGGUCUAUCACUUUUGAGAAGGCAUUGUGCGACCUUGGCUUAAGCAUCAAUCUUAUGCCUCUCUCUGUGAUGAAGAGGCUAGGAAUUCACGACGUGCAACCUGCUAAGAUCUUAUUGGAGAUGGCAGAUGGCAUAUGGCAUGGUGGAAAACGUCUUUGUGAAGGUUGA